CCAUUCAUCUCCAUUUUUCACCCAAAAUGGCCGACCUGACCAACGUUGUUGCCCGUCUUGAGGCCGUUGCCUCGCGCCUGGAGGCCGUCGCCGCCGGCGGUGGUGCCGCUGGUGCCGCCCCGGUUGAGGAGGGUGACGUCCCGCGGUUUGUUGAGGAGUUUGACGAGCUCAUUGCCGAGCACAUCGAGCCGUUCCAUGCGGCGGCGCAGACGAUCGGUGGGAGCGUGGCGACGGCGGCGGGCCACUUUGUGGACGCCGUCCGUGCGCAGCGCGACUUCCUUGUUGUUGUGGGCUCGUCGAAGAAGCCCGACGAUGCGACGUUUGCGGCGCUGCUCGGCCCGACGGCCGAGGCGCUCGGCGCGGCGAUCAACGUGCGCGAGUCUGUGGCGCGGUCGGACGAUGCGUUCAACGCGCUCUCGGCCAUCUCGGAGGGUGCACCUGGUCUCGGCUGGGUCCAGACGACCAAGCCGGCGCCGCACGCCAAGUCGAUGGGCGAGGCUGCCGAGUUCUACCUCAACCGCGUGCUCAAGGACCACAAGGAGGACCACUUUAAGACGUUUGUGCGGUCGUUCAAGGCAUUCUGGCCGGCGCUCUCCAAGUACUGCAAGCAGUACCACACCACUGGCCCGGCAUGGAACGCCAAGGGCGGCGAUGCGCCGUCGUCGGUUCCCAAGUCGGCGGCGCCCGCGCCCGCGGCGUCGUCUUCGGCCCCGGACUCGGCCCCGCCUCCGUCCUCGUCGGCCGCUGCCGACACCGGCAAGGUCAAGGCCGGCCUCUUUGCCGAGCUCAACCAGGGUGGCGCCGUCACCGGUGGCCUCCGCAAGGUCACUCGCGACAUGACUAACAAGGACAAGAAGGUCAACUCCAAGGUGACCACAGUCAAGAAGGCGCCCGUCAAGAAGGCCGCCAAGAAGAAGGGCCCGGCCGUCUUUGAGCUGCAGGGCAACAAGUGGGUGGUCGAGAACCACGACGACCGCCAGGACCUUGUCAUUGCCGAGCCGAAGCGCAACCAGACUGUGUACCUGUACAAGCUCGACAACUGCGUUGUCCAGAUUCAGGCCAAGGUCAACUCGAUUUGCAUGGAUGCCUGCACCAAGGUCGGCCUCGUCUUCACCGACGCCGUCUCGGUUGUCGAGGUCAUCAACUGCAAGUCGGUCCAGGUCCAGGUCACCGGCCGCGUCCCGUCCAUCACCGUCGACAAGACCUCGGGCUGCCAGGUCUUUGUCUCCGAGGCUGCCGCUGACGUCGAGAUCGUCUCGUCCAAGACUGACGAGAUGAACAUCGUCCUCCCGCCCGCCACCGAGGAUGGCGACAUCACCGAGUGCCCGGUCCCUGAGCAGUUCAAGACCACCAUCGACCUUGCCACCCGCACCAUCAGCGUCGGCGUCGUUGAGCACCACGGUUAAGCCUUUGGUUGUGCUAAAUGUUCUUUUCCUGCCA